UCAUAUGGAGGUUAGUCGGAUGAGAUUCUUGCUGUCGACUGCUCUGUUCAUCCACUAUUGGUUCAGCCACUCUGAUAUAAAUACAGGGAGAACCCCAAGGCUUGAGCAUAAACAAACUGCAGCUCGUCUUGCCAAACAUUCUCCUCCAUCUACAUACAAAAGAACAAAAGCAUCAAAGCUUCACUCUCCAAGCAUGGCUUACCAUCAAAGAUCUUCAAGCGCGCCUUCGAGCCCACGCUCAAACAAGCCCGAAGUCGAGCAGCAGUUGCAGAGCCUGAGCACUACCAUCUCUUCGCCAUUGGCGACCAUCGAUACAUCAUGUGAUGGUUUGAGGAGACUUGAAGGCAUGUACAGCUCCAUCGAGGAGAUGAUAUGUACGCCCAGCAACCAAGUCAGCCUUUGCCAAACUCAGCAAAGGAAUGCAGUGGAGGCAGAGCUUGGACGGUCAGUCGUCUUGCUCGACCUCUGCAACGCCAUGCUCGAGAGUUUCAUGGAGCUGAAGAUGACUGUUCAAGAGCUCCUCUUGGCUCUCAGUAGAGGAGAAGAUGCAUGUGCUCAAGUCAAGGCCUACAUCCGGCUAUCCAAGAAGGCACAGAAACAGUUCAAGAAGAUCAGCAAGAAGAGUGUUUCUGACAAGGACUGUAGGGUGGUGAUGCUUAUGGCAGAAGCGAGAGAGAUGACCAUCUCUCUGCUUGAAUCCACAUGCAGGGUCCUGUCAAAACAAGUCGAGAUGCCCAAGACAUUCCAGAAGAGCAAAUUCAUGUGCGAAAAGGAGCAAUUGCGGGCACUAGAGAGCAGCAUCGGUGGUCUUGAGACCGGGGUGGAACUUCUGUACAGGAGAUUGAUCCAAAACAGAGUUUCCCUCCUGAAUACUCUUAGCUUGUAAUUACCCUGAGCUCUAGUACCCUGCGGUUGUCAUCCACCUUUUAAAGGAUCAGUCAAUCAUCCUAACAGUUUUGCAUCAUGUACACUUGUGGAUACGUAUAUAAAGCUCAGUGAAAUGAAAAGUAAA